ACAUAGGUAUAGACACCUCGUUCUAUAGAAACUUUGUCAAUUUCAUGUUUGUCUGUGGUGCUUCAGUUGGUUGUCGCCAAUUUUUUUGGGAUUUCGAAACAGAAAAGCCCACGAAUCUUUUUAUUUAGUCAAUAAUUAUGCAAUUUAUGUUUACUUGCAGACUAGUGUUUGAGUUAUAAACGAUUUCAAUCCCUAAAAAAGUACGAACCGUGGUGUUAAAAAAAAUAUAUUGUGGCAAAGUAAUCUUAUGUUUAUCCCUCAUGCUGUGAUAUUUCAGCAUUAUUUACUUUAAAAAAUGGACAUCGAUAUUAGUAAGGAGAAUAUUCAACCACUGAGAGGUGGUAGAAACCUAGUGCAACUCGGUACGGCUUUACAAGCUCAAUCCGACGUCGACGCGCAAAGACAGCUGCAGUUACAAAAAGAGGAACAUGAAGCAUCAAUUAGAAAUUAUCAAGGCCCGGAUCCACUAGAUCCAUGGUUUAACUACAUUCAGUGGGUAGAACAGUCUUUUCCUAAACAUGGUCAUGAGGGGCAUAUGGACCAACUUAUUAAAGAUUGUUUACAGUUAUUUGAAAAAGAUGAAAGAUAUUUUCAAGAUAGGAGGUUUGUCAAAUUAUGGAUAAAAUAUGUUGAUUGUUUGUCCAACCCCUUGGAAAUUUACCAAAGGUUGUAUAACACUGGCAUUGGUGUAGAGUGUUCAGAAUUCUAUCGAGCAUGGGCUUGUUACUGUGAAGAGUCUGGUGACUACAAGAAAGCUAACCAGGUCUAUAUGCUCGGCUUGCAAGCUAGAGCACAGCCUUUAGAUGAACUCGAACAGGCUCACAUGAACUUCCAACUGUUCUUUGCUCAAAGAAUGCUACAUGAUGAUUCCCCUACAAAAAGAAAGGCAGCUUCCGCUUUAGCUGAGACAAGGUUGGCCUUAACAUCGCUCAAGUCUUUCAAAAGGAGAAACAUUGCUAAUGUGCCUGUGCAAAGGGUUGGGGAGCAUGUUCGGAGUAGUGUUCCAGGUGUCAUGAGACAGCAACACUACGACAAUAGGAUGCCCAACUCAAAUGUCAUGGUCAAUGUCUUUGAGGAUGCUCCAUCAACAUCCCAUGCGGCUGUGCCAGUGGUUGAUGACCCUGGCCCAGCCUCACUAGUACAGGCCUGCGCUAAUGUAGAAAACGAAAAGGAAGUAGGUGUCUGGACUAACCCCAAGACAAGAAUGGUGCAUUCUAAUGUUGUGCCACCACAACCUUUACCCUUCACGCCAUAUGAAGAUCAAGAAGAUGAAAUGAGGCUACCACCAAACCAUAUGGCUUAUUGUGCUGACGAUUUAGUAUUUACUGUGCCUCUUUGUGUACCUGACCCUCCUGACCCAACGAAAAUACCUUGCUAUAAUAAGACACAGGUUUAUGUUAAUGAAACUGAAUUCAGUUUAGAAGAAAUCAGGUCAAGGAAAUAUAAUUUAGUUAAAGUAAAAAAUGUCAAGACUGAAAUAACAGAACAAACAGAUGUGCAGCCAAAUUUUAGUAACAUAAAUGCCACACUCGCUCAGUGCAGUGCUUUAGAAACUUUAGCUAAUUGUGCAUUGGAUCCUGAGCAAGAUCACUUAGGUCAACUAAUGCCAUUGACUAUUCCAACAUUGCAAAAUAUCACAAAAGUUACUAACAUACACUCUCCUGGAGAACCAAAAGUAUUUGUCAACUUAGACUCUAAAGAAUUUAGUGAACUCAGUGCUAGGAAGCAUGAUGAAAACCAAAACCAAAAGCCUGAGCAGAGUGGUGUUGACAAAGAAAAUCUUGGUAACACAAGCAAUAACUAUGGCAAUGAGAAUGCAGGAGCUUAUGGAAAGAACAAUCUUAUGGAAGAAUUCAACAGAAGUUUGAUGGGCAAUCUUCUUGGUGAUUCAGUAACUGUUAAUACAAAAGAGGCGAGAUGGGAACUAAGGAACCUGUUUAAUGAUAAUGAGCCAUCUAUGGUGCAGCCUGUGGUUCAACAAUUUGAAGUACCAAACUUUGACAUUCAUGAGGAUAGAUCAAUGACCAUGGCACUUAACACAAAGAAAAAAGAUUUGGUGGAGCUGAAGGGGAUACCUGAUGAUAAAGAAAAUGCUGAUAAGUUCACUAUGCCUACAGCAGCUGCCCCAGUUAAUGUAAACAAAACUGCUUACUACGAAGAGCCUUCUUGCACGCAAGUGUUCAACUUUAACAUUAAAGAUGCAAGCACACCAAAUAUGUCUCAAUUCAAGAAGCCCACUAGUAUAGAUCAGUCUGGAAAAUUUCCUUCCGUGCCUAAAUUUAGUAUAGAUGAGAGUGUGAUUGAGCAUGUGGACACAGGUCUUAUGAAAAGAGAUGAACAUUCUAGACAGCACGCCACAGAUCAGCAUGUCACCGUAGAUAAUCCAGGGGCAGGUUUGUCAGUCAUUAUGGAGGCUACCAGGGAAUACAAUAGCAAAUCUGGCUCAAGUUCAUCGGGACAGUCAACAAGAACUAAUUUCACUGGUUACACAACAAACUUCGAUUCAAUGUACAACAACCAAGACCCUGCACAACCUACCACCUCCAAAAGAAGCUCAAUGAGCACUCAGCCUCGUUUGCCUAAUGGAACUUUCGCAAGGGUGUACUCGCAAAAACGCGACCAACCUGAGAACAAACCCACUGCGCCAUCCACUUCAGUGCCUUAUCUAUCUCACGACCAUCAAUAUCAAAAACCGAUACCACCAAGCUAUAAUGGCUACUCCCCUCAAAGAUCUAUGCACUCACAUUACCAACAGAACUACGGUUAUCAACAGGGCUACCCUCCUAAUCAAAUGAUGAAUCAGCAGCAGCAACAACAGGGCUAUGCAAGCCAGAACCCUAAUGCCUAUCAUAGCCCACAACAUCCAGGCGUGCAGAGUCCUCAUCCUAUGAGUCCCUCUGUGCCUCCUGGGUUCCAAAGUCCCACAUAUUCAAAUCAGGUGGGGUAUCAUAGCCCUGGGCACCCAAUGAUGAGUCCGCAGCACCAGUACGCUGGGCGGCAAGAAUACCAUUAUCCUAGUCAAACAGACCGACAGCACCUUUAUGCUAACCAACAACAAGCCCCAGCAGUCUUCCAAAGCCCUCCUCAUCAGCCGCAGUACCAAAACAAUCAGUACUAUCAAAGAAACCAAGUUCCUGCACCAUAUCAUAACAUGCAUAAUCAAUAUAAUAACACUAAUAUGUAUCCCAAUGCUAAUCAACAUGUUUCAAAUAAUCAAAGUUUCAAUGCAAUGCAGAGCCCCUAUAGGCAGCCGCCGAAGCAAAUUGAAAAUGUUGGAUAUGGAGCACAAAAUAAUCAGUCCUUCCAAAUUUACCAAAGUCCACAAGCACCACAGAAUAAUAAUCGAAAUGUUUCGAUGCAUGGUGCUCAAACGCCCAAUGAAAUUACGGAACUUCAUGGGAGGCAAGAAACCAAUGUUAGUACUACUAUGAAAGCACAGGAGUUGCCGAAAGCUGAACCAAAUACCUCCCAUAAAGUUACACCACAGGCCAAGAACGCAUGUCAUAAGAGUCCCACAUCUGCAUUAAGGAAUAUUAGACAUGAGCAACCAAAUGUAAAAAUUGGUCAGAACUCUCCAGAUGUCGGGUUUUCAAAUCAAUUCCUCAAUUUCAUUUCUAAUAGAAAUGAACCUAAAGAUAAUGCUAAUACCCCGAAGUUUACAAACAGUCCUAGUAUCUCUCAGAAAAUGCAUAAAAAUCUAUAUGUAUCUAGUCCUGAACAAGCUCAAAUUCCACCAUCAUCAGGAAUGUCAGAUUCGGACAGUAAAGAUGGAAUGACUGCCCAAUCCGCGACGCCGAUACAAUCUGCUAAAGUCCAUACUAUUGAUAAGCAGAAAGAUAUAUCUAAGCGGCAGUUGGAUUUCGAACAUCGCGUUGAAUUCCAAUCGGAAGACAGCAGGGACUCUGUUAGUAAAGAGAGUAGAAUCUCAUCAGUUUAUUCGAGGCAAUCUGAUUUCCAGUCUGAUGGAUAUGGCAUGGAUGUAGACAGUGAGAAUUCUAUGGAGUGUGCUGCAUUUAAAUCUACCCAUUCCAUAUCUUUGGUGGAAACCAGUGAAAUACCAAGGCCAGCUGACAUUGAGUUCCCAAAAAGGAUUGAUCCAUUCAAUAAAAAGAUUUUAGUAUCUCUAUUAGAAUAUGUUAAAUUUCCUAACAAAACACAUGCUGAUGGCUAUGUUGAAGUAAGAUCUGUGCCAAAGCUUCAGCCUGCUUCAAACGUUACUAUUGGAAACAGUAGGUUUGCUAUCGAAAAACAACUUGGGAAGGGUAAUUACGGGGCGGUGUUCUUGUGUUUGGAUCUUCACAGUAACAAAUCGGUUGCUGUCAAAUAUCAAAAACCAAGUCGACCGUGGGAGUUUUACAUCUGCCAGGAAAUAAAGGCGAGAAUAAAGGAUCCCUUUAUGCUUCCAGGAUAUAUGGACAUUACAACAGCAUUUCUAGGAGAAAAUGCAAGUUUGUUUGUAUCAGAGUAUUCGAAAUACGGAUCUCUGUUGGACGUUGCUAACAAAGUUAGAAUAGCUACAACAAAGUGCAUAAAUGAAUGCAUAGUCAUAUUAUUAACAUCUGAGAUACUGUCGAUAGUCCAUUACCUUCAUAAAGCUCAGAUAAUCCACGCUGAUAUUAAACCAGAUAACUUCCUGCUAAUGAAAAUACCUACACAAGAAUGGCGAACACCAUCAUUACAAUUGAUCGAUUUAGGCUGCGCUAUAGAUAUGUCCCUAUUCCCUGAAGGAACAACUUUUAAUGAGUUAAUUGCAACUGAAGGAUUCACAUGUACAGAAAUGCGGGAAGGAAAGCCAUGGACUUACCAGACUGAUUUGUACUGCUUAGCCGGUACCAUACACGUUAUCCUUAUGGGUAGCUAUAUGAAAGUAGCCAAUCGUUUAGGCCAAUGGAACAUAGAUAAGAAAUUACCUAGGUAUAUGAAGGUUGGUUUAUGGGAUAAGGUAUUCACUACUCUUUUGAAUGUGCCGGAUUGCAAGAACUUGCCUGACCUGAUGGAUCUCAAGCAGGAGGUAGAUAGUGCUUUGAACGACUUCGACAUUCUGCGCUCUCAGCUCCGUAACUUUGCUAAUGUGCUUAAAUCUAGGUAAAAUGUGAAUGUCCUUGUAUUUAUUGCAUUUAGACUACGGCGAUUGUAAAAACAGAAAUCUAAAAAUGUAUUAUUAAAUAUAGAUAUAGAAAUUAUGUCUUCGCCCAAUUAAAUCCUCAAUCUAUCGCCAGGUCGACAGUUAUUGCUCUAACUAAUACACAUAAUAUGUAUUAAGACAUCAAAUACUUAGUUUAACAUAACAUACCUUGUUGUGUUUAGUUGAAAAUGUGAUAUUGUGAUUUUCUUAGGUUCUUUUUGUUAGAAUUGAUAAAAACUUCGCUUAGAUAUUAACUUGUUAGCUUAAAUGAUGUUGAAAGUUUACUUAGGUUUCAUUUAUUUUUGUACAACCCUAUAAGACUUGCACAUUUCACAUUUCUUGUUUGAAACUGUAAUAAGAAGUAAUAAAUAAUUACCUGGUUGAAA